AUGGACGACAUGCCUGAAGUCUUUCUUCUUAGCCUCGCCCGUGACACCAAUGGAAUCAACUCGGACCUGAUAUACGAUCUCGCCGACCGAUGCCAUCUGAAAGGCACAAAAGCAGGCCAUGCUGCCAUCAGACAGCUUGAGAACAAGCCACCCAAAGUAAUCAUCGCAACCGAUGAGGGCUUAACUCAACCCGAACAUCGAGACGUGUUAGAGAAAGUUCGUCAAUACGUUGAACGCGGAGGAAUACUUAUCUUUGCGAUCCAUUUUUCAAGUGUCACCCCUGAGGAUGUCUUUAAUUCUUUCUUUGAACAAACGUUCGGGGUGCCUUGGCGAAAAGGCAUUUAUCUAAGGGAUGCGUUCCCAGCCGCAUACCGCAAUAUCGAAGCUCAACAUGUUAUUAACACCCAACCGCACGAAAUAAUCAUGGGGCCUGUCCCUGAUGAGGAAUUAUCGAGGUCACAUCCCUUUCAACCUGCACCAGAACCGGUCGACAAGUCACAAGCUGCAGUCGUGGGGACCAAGGUCGGUGAUGGGUACUUGGCGCACAUUGGGUAUCCCAACCAUGAGAAUCGUGCUACCAAGGUCAUUAUGGAAUUGUGUGGGCUGAAAAAACCGAUUGAUCCAUGGUACUUCUAG